GGAGGGCGAGCAGCAGCGGCCGCUGGAGCUGAGCCCGCGCCCCCGACGCCCGAGAGGAGCUUGAGCUGCCGCCGGAGCCAUGCUGGAGGAACCGGAGGGCGGGGUGCCGGGUGCCAGGGGAGCGGCCGCAGCCAUGGAUUGCAAAGACAGACCAGCUUUUCCGGUUAAGAAGUUGAUACAAGCCCGUCUGCCAUUCAAGCGCCUAAAUCUGGUCCCCAAGGAGAAAUGCGAGGAUGGGUCAGAAGACAUUGGAAGCUCCCAGAGUGUUUCUGUGGAAGGGAAAGUCCCCGAUUUAGAAACAUCUUUGGACAACUUGGAGAACAACUGUCAUAUGGGUUCUGACCUAGACUUCAGACCAAAACUUGUCAAUGGGAAGGGUCCCUUAGAUAACCUCAUAAGAAAUAGAAUCAAAACCAGCAUUGGCCAGAACAUGGUCAUUGUGGAUUUGACGGAAGACUCCAGCGACCAGCCAGACGGUACUGUGGACCACGAUGAAGUUAAUCCCGAAGCCUCCCUCUCAAGGGAGACUGCCAGUGGGGUCGGAGAAGGCCCAGGUCAGGGGCCAUCAGGGAUCAUUCACAGCCACGGUCUGGCGACCUUUCCUGCAGAAACCCUUUCAGACAUUCCCUGUAAAUCAGAAGAGGAGCCUGUUGGCUCUGAAGCCCUGAAGAGGGAUGGCAGCUCUCAGGAAGGUGCCCCUCAAAGCUGCUCAGAGCCAACAGGGGGCCCAAGAAUGUGCCCCCAGAAGGAGCAGGACAGUUGGAGCGAAGCCGGAGGCAUCCUGUUCAGAGGGAAAGUUCCUGUGGUGGUUUUGCAGGAUAUCUUGGCAGUGGAGCCUCCUCAAGCCAAGCCUCUCAGGACACCCCUGGACAAGAGCCUGGCCUCAGAGAAUGAGGCGCUAGAAUCCUGCCCUGAGGAAGACUCUGCCCUUAGCCACUCACCCCUGAGCUCCUCAUCUACCAGCUCACCUGAGGGGCAGUUGGCUCCUGGAAGACAGCAUCGUGGUCCCAGCCCCUCUUCUACCUCCACGCCUGUCCACAGAAUAACCAAGAAAUUCGUCAAAGGGUCCACAGAGAAGAACAGGAUGAGACUGCAAAGAGAUAAAGAGCAGUUGAGGGAAGAGAAGGAGAAGCUGAAAGAAGAGGCCCGGCGGGCCAAGGAGGAGGCCAGGAGGAAGAAGGAGGAGGAGAAGGAGCUGAAGGAGAAGGAGCGGCGCGAGAAGCGGGAGAAGGACGAGAAGGAGAGGGCGGAAAAGCAGCGGCUCAAGGAGGAGAGGCGCAAGGAGCGGCAGGAGGCUCUCGAGGCUAAACUCGAAGAGAAGAGGAAAAAGGAGGAAGAGAAACGGUUACGGGAAGAAGAGAAGCGCAUUAAGGCAGAGAAGGCUGAGAUCACGAGGUUCUUUCAGAAGCCAAAGACUCCACAGGCCCCCAAGACCCUGGCUGGUUCCUGUGGAAAGUUUGCCCCCUUUGAAAUUAAAGAGCACAUGGUCCUUGCCCCCCGCUGUCGGGCCACCUUCAACCAAGACCACUGCCAUCAGCUGGACCAGCUCCUCCAGCAGCAGAGUGGAGAUAGCUCCUUCUUGAAAGAGCUAAAAGGCCGCCAGCCCCUCAGGUCCGGACCCACCAGGCUCUGCAGCCGGGACACAGAUGUUUUCAACAGUGACAUAGUGAUCGUGGGCAGCAGCAAGGUGACUGGCAUUCCUGAGCGGAGGAAGUUUGGCCGGAUGAAGCUCCUGCAAUUUUCUGAGAAUCACCGGCCAGCAUACUGGGGGACGUGGAAUAAGAAGACAGUGGUCAUCCACCCGCGGAACCCUUGGGCCCAGGACAAGGCGCUGCUCGACUAUGAGGUGGACAGCGAUGACGAGUGGGAAGAGGAGGAGCCUGGGGAGUCCCUGUCCCACAGUGAAGGGGACGAUGAUGAUGAGGUUGGAGAGGAUGAAGAUGAGGAUGAUGGCUUCUUCGUGCCCCAUGGAUACCUGUCUGAGGACGAAGGCGUGACUGAGGAGUGCACGGACCCUGAGAACUACAAGGUGCGUCAGAAGCUGAAGGCCAAGGAGUGGGACGAGUACUUGGCCAAGGGGAAGCGGUUCCGUGUCCUCCAGCCCGUGAUGAUUGGCUGCGUGUGGGCGGCCGACAGGGACAGCUGCUCGGUCGCCGAGCUGAAGGUGCUGCAGCAGUUCACAGYCUGCCUUCUGGAUACGGCGCCCUCGGAAGAGGAGCAGGCACCCAGGGCCUCCAAGAAGGAGAGGAGGGACCAGCAGAUCCUGGCCCAGCUGCUCCCGCUGCUACAUGGCAACGUAAACGGGAGCAAGGUGAUCAUCCGGGAGUUCCAGGAGCACUGCCGACGGGGACUGCUCAGCAGUGACGGGGGUAGCCCCCCCAGCCCUGCCUCCCGCCCGCAGACCCCCACUGCCACCAGCGAGGACGCCGCUGUGCCCUCCAAGGCCAGGCUGAAGCGGAUUAUUUCUGAGAACUCGGUGUACGAGAAGAGGCCGGACUACAGGAUGUGCUGGUACGUCCACCCGCAGGUGCUGAAGAGCUUCGACCAAGAGCACCUCCCCGUGCCGUGCCAGUGGAGCUACGUCACCAUGGUGCCCUCGGCCCCCAGGGAGGACAGUGGCAGCGCCCCUGCUGCAGGGCCCAGCCAGGGACCGCCCGUCCUGCUGAAGAGGAAGGCUGCGGGGAGCAUGUGCAUCACGCAGUUCAUGAAGAAGCGCCGGCAUGACGGGCAGGUUGGAGCCGGGGAUGUGGAUGGCUUCCAGGCAGACACGGAGGAGGAGGAGGAGGAGGAAGACGGCGACUGCAUGAUCAUGGAUAUCCCGGAUGUUGGGGAGGCCCAGGACCCGUGUGGACCCACUUCUGGAGCCGAGGAAGUAGUGAGAAUGGACGUUAGCGAGAACCCACUGCCUGCCAGCCCACUCUGUGCCUCCUGAGCAUCCCAACGGCCUGGCUGGCUGGGGCUUGUGUAGGGCGGUCAGGGGCCUCCACACGACGGAUACUUGAGCGUACUACCGAUUCCUGUGUAAAGAGCACUUUGUCCUGCUUUGCAGACCUCCCAGGUCUGAAGAGUCUGUACAGGAUGCCUGAUUAGUUCUUGACGUUUGUGAAAAUCGUCCCAAAAAGUUGCAUAUUAAUCUGCCCUUGAAUAAAGCAUUAUGAGGCGAUGACAUGCAGGUGCGUGCCCGCCCCUCAAGCUCCAGAGCAGGGGCAGGGCUCGAUGCUUGGAAAUGAACUCAAGCAAAGCACCAGAGGCACCCGUGGCCCAGCAGCACGGGCACCUGGACUGUGUGGACGUGUAUAAACUUAUUCUCUACCCUGAGCCGCCUUGUCUCUGAGCAGGUCCGCCCGUCCCUCCGCCCAGCAUCUGAAAGCACCAACCAUUCUGUUGGCCACUAAGUCCUUGUCCUCCUGGCUGACUAGUCCAGGCACCUGCUUCUCCCAGUUCCUCUUCCUGCCCUUCAGGUGUGAGGAGGGGUCCCACUCCCCACCAGGGCACUCAGAAGCCAGUGUUGUGCRUCCCAGAGCAGGGAGGGAACGAGGGAGCCCUGUGCUCGGGGCUGUGGUGACUGACAGCAGUGGGGGAAGCCAAGGGCUGGGCACUUCCUGUCCAAACCUAGACCCAGAAAGGGCCCUCCUGUUGUUCCUGCCCUUGGGUCUAGCCAUGUCCCCUGCAGAGUGGCUUGGCACUGACUGGACAGCCCACAUGAGGUGGCCAUCUCCAUCCUCACCCUGACUUGCUCCCCCUGGCCCCCCAUGGGUGUGGUGACAGAUGCCCCAGGUGCAGGGUGAGGGCUCUGACCUUAGCCUGGCCAGUAGGCUGGGCUCAUCCCCAGGUCUGGGCUGCAGGCCCUCCUGCUUCCAGCAGAGCCUAUGUCUACGUGGCUCUCAGGCAAUGUUCCUGGAGUAAGCAGGGGACGUGCGUCAGAGUCGAGUCGGCCUUGAUCCUCAGAAACCCACAUUGGGCAGCUCUAGAGGCUCAGGUGUGACAAAAAGUCAUGGUGGGCUCCUGGUUGUGGGAACUAGAAGGGACAUAUUUUUGCUAGUUUCUGUAAGGGACAAGGAAACUCACGUGGGGUCUCAAGCUUCAAGUCUGACUCAUGCAGCUGGUGGUAGCCAGAUGACCAGUCACCACAGGCCCCCACUGGAGUAGGCUAGAUGGUCACAGCCUGGUGCCUGUGAUAACCCACCGUGUCUGGGGUGGCGGGUCCACGGCUUCAGUGCUGCCUGGCUGCAGAGAUGGUGCCCAUGUGUCAGCCACAGGACCAGGGCCUUCAACACUAAGGCCUUGUCCAGGCUCCUGUGGCUGCUGUAGCACAUCACCGCACCUGGUGGCUUAAAACAGCACAGAUUCAUCUUCUCACAGUUGUCAAGGCUGCAGUCGCUCGUGGUUCCCCAGGUGGACCCAGGAACAGCAGGGCUGGGCCUGAGGAGGCCCUGCAGCCCUGGGYGCCCAGCCCUUCCUCCAACCCAGGAGAGCCAGCAGUGCAGGGUCUCCCAGUCUGACCCUCUUACCUCCUCCCACGAAGACCCUGGUGACACUGGGCCCCACACAACCCAGGGUGACCCCCCCUGCCUUCUGCUGAAAGGGAAUAGACACAAGUUGGGGGAGGUGGAGGUUUGGGGGAACAAUGUAGUCUGAGUAUGUCCCCCAAGGCUCCGCCUGUGGGAUCUUGGUCCUCAGGGUGGCCACGUGGAAAGGGACCUUCAAGAGGUGGAGCCUCGGGUGCAAUGGKGGAAAGAGACUGACCAAAUUGUGCUAUGUACAUAUUUGAGUGUGCCGCAGUGAUCACCUUUGUGUAUAUCUAUAAAGCAUUAAUAUAAAAAAUCUAUAAAUAGAAGAGGACACGAGGAGGGAAAAGGGAAGUGCUGGGGACCCAAGUGGAGCAAGUCACAGUCCGUGCUUUUAUGAUCAUGUGAAA